AUGCAUCAGUCUCAAAACCCAUUGCAAUGGUCAGCUCAGUUUGGUCCAUCUCUAACAAAUAGUUUUGCUUCACGAUCACACCAGAAUUUCGAUACUCGUACACAGAAUUUAGAGGGCCCAUCUCGUUUACGAACUCCUUUUCCGCCAGAUCCUGGCUAUGGAGAUGAUCCUCUAUCACGGAGAUGCGUUACUAGUAGUAACCCACGUGUUCGUGGUUCACAUGCGAAAGCAAUUUAUAAGCGAGCAAUCGCUAAUACUGGCGCUCCAUUUCGCCUUGACAUUCGAUGCUCAAGCAGUUUGGAUACAAAUAGUAAAACAGGAAAACCACCGAGAAAUCAUACGAAUGAAAAUUUAAAACGGAUUCGACGUAUUAUGCAAGAAACACAGAAACGCAAAUCGACUGAAGAAGACGCCAAGAAAACAGCUAUGAAACCACUUUGGCGUUCGAAAGAAUACGAUAAUGUAGAAUCGAAAGUUAAACAAAAACUUAAAGUAGAUUCUCAACGAUCAGCGUCUCGGCCACAAUCAGUUCAAGGUAAUUUUCUUCGUGCACAUGGACGUACUGGACCAGAAAAUCUACGAUCUCAAUCAGCUUGUGAUGUCCGUCGAGCUUCUGUUGGCUCAUCGGUUAACCUGGAAGCCACACAAGCCGCCGAUAAUAAAUCAAAACCUGAUUAUGUAAAAAUAAAUUUACAAAAUGUUAAAACUAUUCCAAAAGUACGUAAAUCAGUAUCAACAGAAGCGACUCAAAAUGCGCGAGAAAAAACUGAAAAAAAAUUGAAAGCUUAUCAAGAAAAAAAUAAUGGACGUGUACCAGAUUAUAUUGAAAAAAUCAAAGAAAAACGAGAUCAAGAUCGUCAGAAAGUACGUGCUAGUGCACCUGACCCUGAAUGUCCUCCUGGCCAUGUUAAAGUUGAUAAAGAGGAGCAUAAAUCUACUUUAACAAAACUUCAAGCGAAUCGAAUUGAACUUGAAAAUAAACUCGGUCAUCUACCAAUUCGUAAUGAUUCUCUAAGACUUCGACGAGCCAAAGAAGACAUCGAAAAGCAGCUUGUAGCAUUGGAUGAAGCAAUUGAAAUCUUUUCAAAGCCCAAAGUAUUUAUUAAAAUUGACGAAUAA